UCUCCCUGCGCCGCCGCCGGAAGGCCGGCAUGUAUGAUGAGGGCUUGUGGCCGGGAUGAGGCGUGGGUGCCGGUGAACGGCAGUGAGCGAUGACCAGGCUUCUGGGCCUGGCGGACAGAGUGGCUUUGGCUGCCUUGCGUUGCGGUGGCCGCAGCUGCCGCGGGCUCGCCAUGUUUUAUGCCGUGAGGAGGGGCCGCAAGGCCGGGGUCUUCCUGACCUGGGAUGAAUGCAGAGCCCAGGUGGACCGGUUUCCUGCAGCCAGGUUUAAGAAGUUUGCCACAGAAGAGGAAGCCUGGGCCUUCGUGAGAAGCUCCGCAAACCCUGAUGGUUCAGAAGGGCAGAAAAAUAAACAUGUACAGGAAUCACAAGUGAAGGCAAACAAGCGACUUCAUGAGCCCUUGGACGAAGGUGAAGGUGAAACCACAGAGCCGUGUGCAAAGCACAUGAAACAGAGCGCAGAGCCGCUGCCUUCAGUGAGCAAAGACACGUUUUCUUACAUGGGGCACUCUGUCAUCGUCUACACGGACGGCUGCUGCUCCAGUAAUGGGCGGAGGAGGGCUCGAGCAGGAAUCGGUGUUUACUGGGGGCCAGGCCAUCCUUUAAAUGUAGGAAUUAGACUUCCUGGGCGACAAACAAACCAAAGAGCAGAGAUUCAUGCAGCCUGCAAAGCCAUCGAACAGGCAAAGGCUCAGAACAUCAAUAAGUUGGUUCUCUACACAGACAGCAUGUUUACUAUCAAUGGCAUCACUAAUUGGGUGCACAGCUGGAAGAAGAGUGGAUGGAGGACCAGCACAGGGAAGGAGGUGAUCAACAAAGAGGACUUCAUGGUGCUGGACAGGCUUGUCCAAGGCAUGGACAUUCAGUGGAUGCAUGUUCCUGGCCAUUCGGGAUUUAUAGGCAACGAAGAAGCUGACAGAUUAGCAAGACAAGGCGCGAAGCAACCUGAAGACUGACCAGGUCCUUUAAUCCUUGGAACAACCUGAGCCAGUGGCUGUUUGUCACCUUUACUUACUGGUGUGAAAAAUAAAACUAUAGGCUGGACCACUGCAGUCGAUGGGCAGACACAGCUUUCAGACUAAAUCGGAAAAGCAGGGUAGUGGUCCGUGGCAUGUGCCUUAAAGGUGGUUAGAUGUGUCAUAAACUGAACAUCCUUUGAGAUUUAUUUGAGGUUUUGUUAGAAGUAUGCUUUAUUGGGCUUGAUACUGUUCUCAUUAGUUUUAUUGCAGUCUAGACAAAAGUGUUAGGGCUUUGAUUUAAUAAGGAUGAGUAAAACAUUGGUUUAAAAAUGCAGGCAAGAAGCCUAGACGUAUUCUAAGAGUUCAUUUGCCCUACAGUUGGCAACACUGAGUCAUGAUUUUUAGGUGGGCUUGUGCCUACGGGCGGAUUGGAGGAAGGCACGGCUCCCUUGCUGGGAACAGUCCUGCCAGGGCCCACGCCUUGGCAGAGGGAAGGUGGGCUGGUCUUACCUGGCGGGGCACUGUGAUAGGGCCGCCUGCACACAGGCAGCCCUGGCUGCCCGACCGUUAGGUAGCAACAGUCAUAACUUCUAAAGACCAAGAUUGUAAAUAAAUGUUUUAAAAUUGGCGGGGUGGGGGUGGCUAUUUUUGUUAAAAGCACUAUGCAAGUUAAAAAAAAAAAAAGUUUGACGUGAUUAUUUUUACCUUUUAUUACCUUUUUGUCAUAAAAACAUGCAGAAAACGAUACAAAUGUAUAGCUUAUUGAAUUAUUAUUGUUAUUAUAAGGUGAGUACCUUUGUAACUACCACCCAGGUCAAGAAGUAGAACUUUGCCAGAUGCCCAGAAGGCUCUUCACGUGCUCCUCCAGUCACAGCCCCUCCCUCCCUCCAGAACUAAUCCCGACUUCCUUGCUUUUCUUUGUGGCAGUUUUUUUUUUUGCGGUACGUGGGUCUCUCACUGUUGUGGCCUCUCCCAUUGCGGAGCACAGGCUCAGCGGCCAUGGCUCACGGGGCCAGCAGCUCCGCGGCAUGUGGGAUCCUCCCGGACUGGGGCACGAACCCGCGUCCCCUGCAUCAGCAGGCAGACUCAACCACUGCGCCACCAGGGAAGCCCUGUGGCAGUUUUUAGUCUAGUCUACUCUUUUUUUUAACUUGGUAUUUUUUUUUUAACUUGAUAUUUCUUAAGUUUCUUUAAUUUACAGGUUCCGCCUCAAUCUCUGUUCUCCUUACAGUUUAUCUGUUGAAGAGCCUGAGCCAUUUGUCCCGUCGUUUCCCACUGUCAGUUUUGUCGCUCUCACGGUCUCGAGGUGCUGUCCAGCGUUUUACUCUCUCCUCGGGAUUUCCUGCAAAUUGGCGGCUGGAUCAGAGGCUUGAUCACGGUCAGGCUCCACCCCUUGGGCACAUGUGUUACGUGCUUUCAUCAGAAGGCAGAGCGGUUUUCAUCCUUUUGUUGUUGGCAGCUGCCAGUGCUCAGGGCCUAGAAUACUGAUACGCUGUCAUUUUGCUUACGUUUAUUGGCUGGAACAGUUUUAGAAGAUACUUCCCCUCACCUGAUGCUGGCGCCCAGUGUAGAAUUCACGUACAAAAGGCGGGAUAAAUGCUAAUAUUGGCUCCCGGUCAUCCUAAAAAGGUAGCCCAAUUAGGGGGUUUUAUUUAUAUAUUUUUAUAACAUGUAAACCUACGUAUAUGUCAUGAACUCAUGUACUUAAGCCUGUUAGAUGGGUUUCAGUCCAUCGCAAUUUUCCUCUUUAUUGAACCCAAAUUGCAGCGGCUUUGGCCCAUAGGAGCAAGCCUCUUCAAGUUGGGUCUUGAUUUCUUUUGAUAUUCAUAUAUGUACACAUGCAUGCACAGACACACACUGACCACACACAGACACACUCACGCACAGACUGCACACGGUCAUAGAGAGCUUUCUUGCAGUCUGAUGUGUCAGGGUGUUUUAGACCCAUCUUGUACUUUCCUGCUCUAGACCUGGAAUUGGCUUUUUCUCUAAGGAUCUGUAGUUUCUUUUAAUGGGAAAAAGAGGUAUUUCAGAUCCUUGGUGCUCAUUGCUACAGGGUUGGUUGUUGUUUCUAGGGCUAAAAAAUACACACAUGUGCGCACCCACAUUUAAAGAGAAAGUGUUUUCUGAGCUCAUGUUGACAGUCGUAAAAACAAACUCAGGAUUCCAGGACAUUCAGCCUCUUCCAUGUUACAGCUGUGUCUCCUACACUGAGAUCCCGGCUCUCAGGCUGUGGGACUACGGAGCAGAAUAUUCCUAAUUACACACCUGCUUGUUCUACUUUAACAUGUACUACGUGGAUGCUAACCCUAAUAUACCAUUAAUUACAAUGAAAACAGCACUGGAGCCGCACCGUCAACUGUUACUUAGGAAAAUCUCUCCCCGCUGCCCUCAUUUAGUCUUAUUUCCAUGUACUUAAUGCUCAUAACCAGUGUUUAGGUCAGUGUCAGCUUGGGAACCAUACUCCCUGGGCUUAUGUAUGUUGAAUUCAGCUUGUGUCCUUUAUACUUGAAGUUUUGUAGAAUACGAAAUCCUUGCCUACGUUUUCUUUCCUUGAGUGUCUUAAAUAUUCUGUUUUCUUCCAGCAUAAAGUGAUGCAUGAAGAGCCUGAUGAAUCUUAUUUUCUUUCCACGUCACGUACUCUUUGUGCUUAGAUGUCCAAAGGGCUUUUUCCUCUUUCUUAAGUCAGCAGUUUUAUUAGAAUGUAUCAUGUGUUGUUGGCCCUGGGUCAGUGUUUGCAGGUAUGUGGUGUGCUUUUUCUGUGUGUAUUUUCAAAUCUACUGUUUCAAGAAAGUUUCCUUGAAUUGUGGCCUAGUGCUCUGUUUUAUUUUUUGCUUUGGUUUUCUUUUUGGGGGGACCCCUGUUAUCUGUUGAAAUCUGAUUUACCCAUCUUCAGUAUUUGCCAGUUUAUCUUGAAUCUUUUAUCUGUCUUAGAUUGCUUCCACGUCUUGGCUGCUGUAAAUAAUGCUGCUAUGAACAUAGGGGUGCACAUAUCUCUAGAGGUCUGUUUUCAAAGAGGGCAGUUAAACGGAAGGGGUGUGCUGAGCUAUGGAUUCCCCCUGGCAGAAUCCCUGGGUCCAGGAGGGUCCUUGCUCAGCUGAGGCUUUUGAAUCCCACCCUUUGUCCUCUCAGCCCACGUCCUCUAUAGCCAAACAUGGACCUUCUCCAACACCACGGUGUCCUCUGUACCGGGGGUCUAUAUGAUGAACAGGGUGCCCCAUUCAGGUAUGCGACAUGCUUCAACCUAACACUUUAGAACCCGGGGGCCAAGUGAAUGUUAGUGUCCCCAGAUUCCUGUGUUGAAGACCUGACCCCCAGUAUGGCCCUACUUUGAGAUGGGGAUGUUUGUCUCUUUCUGUUAUGAGUGCUUGUCUUAUGUUUUGUUCUUGUGUGUUUAUUAAAGUCUGAUGGGCAAGUCCUGUAUUGAGAUUAUUGGGCAGCAAGAGGAUGAAAUGUAAAAAGAAGUUGGAUUCAAAACAAGAAAGGAUAGAAAGGUUGUCUGGUUCUUCUCCCCAUCAUACCCCAGAGAAGCUGCACCCUUUACGGUGUUUUUUAAAAGGCUCUGGAAAUCUUGGAUCAUUCGGUUACAGCCCCUUGGCCACCACGUUAUCGUGACACAAUGUGACGGGUCUUUUCAUAAGGCCAUGUAGCUUCGCCCUCCAAAGGGCCUGUGUUCAGGGCUCGUUGUCAGUAGCAGUGAAUCUGCUGGGCCUCCCCCAGGACUUCUCUGUGAACAAAGUCACGAAUUAGCUUGAGUUUGGGAGCACAAUCCUUUCCCUCUUCCUGCUAACCCCCCUUGGCAUUCACCCCCGAACCCACACAGACACACGCAAGACAAAGGGUGAGGGCAAGAGGACAUUUCUUCUACAAAGACAGAGAGACCGCCAGCUAUGAUGCAUCCCAUUCUAAGGUUUGACCAAGAUGCAGGGUGAGGCUGGACAUCUUUUUAUAAAUUUAUCAGCCGUUUGCAUACAUGAUUUCCCAUCUAAAGAAGGUGAUAUCACUUUAUUCAGGCCUCCUACAGAAGAAGCAGAUGCAGAGCAUGGUGACUCUAGCUAACAAUACCAUAUGGUAUACUUGGAUUUGCUAAGACAGUAAAUCUCUCAUACACACACAUUUAAAAAGGUACCUGAGGUGAUGGGUGUGUUGAUUAACUUGAUUGUGGUAAUCAUUUUACAUAUGUGUAUACAUAUAUCAGAUCAUCACAUUGGCCCCAAAAUAGAACCCCAUGAAUAUAGUCAAGUGAGCUUUGACAAAGGAGCAAAGGAAAUACAAUGGGAGCAAAGAUAGUGUCUUCAACAAAUGGUGUUGGAACCAUUGGACGUCCACACGCAGAAAAGUGGAUCUACGCUUCUCACAAAAAUUAACUCAACAUUUUUCACACUCCCUAAAUGUAAACUAUGCAGAACUAUGAAACUCCUAGAAGAUAACAUAGGAGGAAACCUAGAUGACCUUAGGUAUGGUGAUGACUUUUUAGAUAAAAAAUCAAAGCACGGGACUCCCCUGGUGGUACAGUGGUUAAGAAUCCGCCUGCCAGGGCUUCCCUGGUGGCGCAGUGGUUGGGGGUCCACCUGCUGAUGCAGGGUACACGGGUUCGUGCCCCUGUCUGGGAGGAUCCCAUAUGCCGCAGACCGGCUGGGCCCGUGGGCCAUGGCUGCUGAACCUGCGCGUCCGGAGCCUGUGCUCCGCAACGGGAGAGGCCACAGCAGUGAGAGGCCCGCAUACCGCAAAAAAAAAAAAAAAAAAAGAAUCCACCUGCCAAUGCAGGGGACAUGGGUUCAAGCCCUGGGCCGGGAAGAUCCCACAUGCCGCAGAGCAACUAAGCCUGUGCGCCACAACUACUGAGCCUGUGCUCUAGAGCCCGUGAGCCACAACUACUGAAGCCCGUGUGCAUAGAGUCUGUGCUCUGCAACGAGAGAAGCCACUGCAAUGAGGAGCUGGUGCACCGCAACAAAAAGUAGUCCCCCCCCCGAAAAAAAGUAGUCCCUGCUCGCCACAACUAGAGAAAGCCCACACACAGGAUGAAGCCCCAAUGCAGCCAAAAAUCAAUCAAUAAAUUUAUUUUUUAAAAAAAUCAAGGCACGAUCCAUGAAAGAGAUAAUUGAUAAACAGGCUUCACUGAGAUUUAAAAGUUCUCUGCAGAAGACAAGGUCAAGGGAGGGAAGAUAAGCCACAGACUGGAAGAAAAUAUUUGCAAAAUACACAUCCAAUAAAGGACUGUUAACCAAAAUAGAGAAAGAACUCUUAAAAUUCCACAGUAAGAAAACAUACAACCCAACUGAAAAAUGAGCCAAAGACUUCACAGACACCUCACUAAAGGAGAUACAUAGAUGGCAACUGAGGACAUGAAAAGAUGCUCCACAUCAUAUGUCAUGAGGGAAAUUAAAACAACAGUGAGAGGCCACCACACAGCUGUUAGAGUGGCUGGAAUCCAGACACCAAUAGCACCAAACGCUGCUGAGGUUGUGGAGCAACAGGAACUCUCAUCCAUUGUUAAUGGGGAUGCAAAAUGGUGCAGCCAAUUUGGGAGGAAGAUUCUUACAAAACUAAACAUACUCAGCAUAUGAUCCAGCAAUUGUGCUCCUUGGUAUUUACCCAAAGGAGUUGGAAACUUCUGUCCAUACAAAACCUGCACAUGGAUGUUUAUGGUAGGUUUAUUCAUAAUUGCCAAAACGGAAGCAACCAAGAUGUCCUUUCAUACGUGAAUGAAUAAACAAACUGGUCCAUCCAGGCAAUGGGAUAUUAUGUAGAGCUAAAAAGAAAUGACCUAUCGAGCCAUGAAAAGCCAUGGACGAGCCUUAAAUGCAUGUGACUAAAUGAAAGAAGCCAGUCAGAAAAGGCUAAAGACUGUGUGAUUCCAACUAUGACAUUCUGGAAAAGGCAAAACUAUGGAGAUAGUAAAAAGAUCAGUGGUUAUGGGGGUGGGGUUGGGGGAUCGUGGAAUAGGCAGAGCCCAGAGGGUUUUUAGGGCCGUGGAAAUACUCUCUAUAAAACCAUAAUGAUGAUACAUGUCGUUAUCCUUUUGUCUAAACCAACAGAUGGUACAGCACCAAAGUGAAGCCUAGGAGAACUGUGGGCUGCGGGCGAUGGUGCUGGGUCAGUGCAGGUGCAUCGACUGUAAAAAACGUCCCGCUCUGGGAGGGGGUAUGGAUAGUGGGCCGGUCUGUGGGGGGGAGGGGCAUGAGAAUUCUCUGUACCUUCCUCUUUACUGCCAACCCACAGCUGCUCUAGAAGCAGGCUUGUACACUUUAAAUGUAUACAAUUUUAUUUGUCCAUUAUACCUGUGGAGGGGGAGCUGCAAGAAAUGCAAACAAUGUGUUAGAUGAAUAAAGAAAAACGGAAAAGAAA